AUGGCACCAUCUAUCAAAGAAAUCUUCUCCAAAGAAAAUUUCAAGAAAAACAAGAAACUUGUUUUACUAUCCGCCGCCGUAUCUCUGCUCCUCGUGGCUGCCGUCGCCGGAAUAUCCGUCGGAGCUUCAAAAGCCAACGAGGAGAGAAAACGACCUCUAUCACCGUCCUCUCACGCCGUGCUAAGAUCAGCUUGCAGCUCAACACUUUACUAUGACCUCUGCGUCUCCGCCGUGGCCACGUCCGGCGGCGUCAAACUUACGUCGCAGAAAGACGUCAUUGAGGCCUCGCUUAACCUAACGACAACCGCCGUGGAGCACAAUUACUUCACCGUCAAGAAACUGAUCAAGAAUAGGAAAGGACUGACUCCACGUGAGAAGACGGCACUUCAUGACUGUUUGGAGACUAUUGAUGAGACUCUUGAUGAGCUUCAUGAGACACUGGAAGAUCUCAAAAUGUAUCCUAACAAGAAAACUCUAAGGGAACACGCCGGUGAUCUCAAAACCCUAAUAAGCUCUGCCAUUACCAACCAGGAGACUUGUCUCGAUGGAUUCUCUCAUGAUGAUGCUGACAAGAAAGUUCGUAAGGUCUUGUUGAAGGGUCAGGUACACGUUGCGCACAUGUGCAGCAACGCACUAGCAAUGAUCAAGAACAUGACUGAUACCUACAUAGCCAAUUUCGAGCUGAAAGCUAAAUCCUUCUCAAACAACCGUAAACUCAAGGAGGAGGAUACUACAAUGGCCGUAGAUAUUGCCGGUGCCGGAGAAGUAGACGCAGAGGGCUGGCCUAGUUGGUUAUCCGUGGGAGAUAGGAGACUUCUUCAAGGGUCUAGAGUGAGAGCCGAUGCUACUGUGGCGGCUAACGGUAGCGGUAAAUUCAAGACUAUUGCGGCUGCGGUUGCGGCUGCUCCGGAUAAUAGUAAUAGGAGGUAUGUGAUACAUAUAAAAGCUGGUGUUUAUAGAGAGAAUGUGGACGUGUCGACAGGGGCGGAGCUAGAACUUACUUCUAUCCGGGGCAAAACUAUUAAACACUACUAA